AGACUUCCUUGUCAAAUUUGACACAUUACAAAAUAAAUACAUAUAUAGCGCACCCAAUUUCCACCAUCCAGUUAUUAAAGACAGAAAAUGAAGACGGAUAGUUCGAUAAACCAAGAUGAAGUAAAGCAGGUUGUCCAGUCGGUUAUCGAUGCGACUAAUCCAGAGCUCCAGUUGACCGCCGUCCAGGACCUUAACACUGUGCUCUCCUUGGAGAAUCCACCCAUUGAUGAAGUGAUCCAAAGUGGCAUACUGCCCAUCCUGGUAAACUACCUCAAGGAAAGCAGCCAUGUAAACCUACAGGCUGAGGCUGCCUGGGCCUUGACCAACUUGACCUCUGGAAACUCUGAACAAACCAUCAAAGUGGUGGCCGCUGGAACUGUUCCAUUUUUUCUGGAAUUUCUUAAAUCAGAAAAUCUGAACGUUUACGAACCUGCCCUUUGGGCCUUGGGUAAUAUUAUAGGCGAUGGUCCCUUGCUGCGGGACUUUGUCAUCAGAAUGGGAGUGGUUCAGCCCCUGGUUUCUUUUACUCAGCGGGAUGUGCCAUCUCCGAUGCUUUAUAAUGUGGCCUUGGUAAUAGGCAAUCUGUGCCGAUACUAUAGCAGUAGCAGUAUAGCAACGAUAUCGACAGAAAAUGUCCUGCAGAUCCUGCCGGCCCUCGAAGUGCUUAUUAGUAACGAGAACUUGGACAUCCUAAAUAGCGCUUUGUGGGCCAUUGCUUUUUUGGCCGGCGGUGGAAAGGAACACAUUCAAAUGGUAAUAGAAAGUGGAAUGCUUCCAAAAUUGAUAUCCUUCAUGGGUCACAUGGAGGUCAAGGUACAAACUCCUGCCCUGCGAGCAGUGGGAAAUAUUUUGAAAGGAACUGAUGAGCAGUGUCAGGUGGUUUUGAACCACGAUCCGUUUUCUCAUUACCCAUCGGAGAGCUUUUGUUAUAACAAGAACAUUUUAAAGGAAGAGUUUCGGUUCCUCUGGAGUGUGACUUCCUGCAACCAUGUUUGGGUGCAGGCCAUCAUCGAUGUGGGUUUACUUUCCAAAAUCAUAGAGAUGCUGAAUGUCGAUGGAUCGCUGGACUACGUGGCUGCCACCGCUAUAAGUAAUCUCACUAAGCAUUGCACUGAGGAUCAGAUGAUAACUUUAGUCAGGAAAGGUGUCCUUAAGCCGUUCUGUGAUGUCCUAACUGGCAAAUUGGAGGAAACCACCAAGACAGUGCUAAGUGGCCUAAGCAAUAUGCUCAAGAUGGCCCAUUCCCAUGCAGAUGAGCUGGCCAAAUCCAUUUAUGAUUGUGGGGGCUUGGCCAAAAUCGAAGAGCUACAGACCCACGAGAACGUGGAAAUCUAUCAGGCAGCUCAGCAAAUCAUCGAACUUUACUUUGGCGAUGAUAGCUAAGCCAGCUUACAUUUUAUUUCAUGUUAAUUCUUUAAAUUUCUACUCGAGACUUUUUAAAUAAACAAAUCUCAGUAAAUA